AAUCUUGCGUCAUCUCGAAAGGCUGAAGAGGAGAGAGGUAGCAUGGACACUGCACUCCUCUACUUUGUCCGAAUAUGCAAAGGUACAGAGAAUACCUCGGGGGUUAAGACUGCACAUAAAGCCAGGAUUGUUCCGGGAGGACAAGGAUUUUGUCUCCAGAUGGCAGAGUAUUCUAAACAAGUGCAGCCUCGAUCUCAUCACUCUCACUGUGCAGCAGCUGCAAAACGGCUUACGGGAAACUCGCCAACAAAUACAUACAGCAGAGGAGGAACUCAAGGCCAAGGAUACGAUGAAUACUGUCAAAACGACACUUGCAGAGCUCCAGGCGAGGAUAGAUACACUCGAACAGGAAAUCCUUCAAUCCAAAUUGCGCAAAUUCAAAAGAGAUACAAAAGAUUACGAGAGGGGGGAGGUGUACACAUGGAAAACGACAAGGAAGGCCCAAUAUACAAGACAGCCCAGAUCAACAGGGGACUUGGAAGGAGCUUACUCUCAACAAUCCUCGGAUUCAGAUUCUAUUUCUGGCACCUCUGCACAAUCCUCACCGGCUUUUUUAGGCCAGCGCCAAAGCAACACAAGAGAACCAGGAGGGGCAAAAAAACGCCAGCCAGCAGCCAAGAAACAACAAAAACUGAGAUUCUCCUAAGUUGAUAAUUUUUCGUUAGAGAAGGAAAGGGGUUUGGACUUUACUGUGAAUAAUGGAUAUCUUUACUAUUGGAUGGACUCUGGACUUUUACUAUAAUCCAAGGAUUCCUGUUGAUUGUUCUUGAUUGAUAUGUAAAUUUUUCUUACUAUGGGGGUGUUGUUUAAAAUUUUUUUUUACCUAUUUAAUGGUGGAAGUGGGAGGCACAGAUCACCUGACGAAGGGGUACGCCCCCGAAACGUUGUAACCUGUUUGGCUUGACAUUAAACACGGGUAAUAACCCUUGAGCAGAUUUCGUGUGCUGGAUUAAUUCUAUUACGUAUCCCUUGUGGUGAGCCAACAUGGGUGGAUCAUAUAGUGGGCCUAAGGAGACUGGUUGGAUAUUGUAAACAUACUGAGCUAGAACAACCAAAUGCUGAUUGUAUUGUAAAUAAGGCUUAUAGAGGUUGCUAGCUUUCACUUAUAGUUAAAGACCAAAAGUGGGGAUAUCAUGGGUACUCAUAUAAGUAAAUCUUAUGGUGGUCACUGCAACAUCUUGGGAGAAAAAAAGUUAAAAAAAAAAUAUAAAGGCUUUUACAUUUUUAAGUACAUUAAGGGCAUUACAGUUCGACAGUAAGUGCUUUUCUACUGACAUCACAUUAGGGUACACUGUAAUCAUUUAAAAUAUACUUCACUAUAUUAUCCCUUUGUUCUUGCUUUUAAAGUGAACUGGUCAUCAUAAUAAAUAAUACCAAAUCCUAUUUUAUGAUGUUAGUCAAGCAAAAUAAACUUCACUCACAUUAUAUAAAUGAUCUAAAUUCAUGGAAUUAAUCACAAUCACAUCAAGCAGGCAGGUGCCACAUUGUUAUUAAGGCAAACUUUGCAUCAUGCUAAAAUCUAGUUUAUGUGCCACAAUGGGGCACCUGAUCAAAUGCCCAUGCACUGUCUACACAAUUAAAUGGAGAUGAGGGAGGGGAAUGCAAGUAGUGCAGUUAUAUCUAGGAAGUACAAAAUGGAAAGUGUAAAGUAAUUGCCUGCCCUGCCUCAAUGCUUAAGGCAUAGAGGAGGGGCAGGCAAUAUAUUAUUAAAAGCUGAGAGUUAUAUGAGUUUAUGACAGGUAUGGACAUUUAAAAAGAAUUUAAGUUUCAUGUUUAACUUGAAAAGGAAUUUU